CAUUUGUCUUCGUCAGCUGUAUAUCCCAACUGUGAACCUCCGACACCCGUCAAUAUCACAUGGUCGCUAUGUCGUGGACUUGAUACCUAUCAGAUGGUGGACUUGGGCAAUAUGGACCCGGUUGGCCCUGGGGAUUCAUUUUUGGGACCUCGUCGAUAUGACGCCCCUGAGCUCUACAAGCUUAGGACUGGAAAGAGAAGUUACAAGCAGCACAUCUGGUCGCUUUUCGUCAUCAUAGCCGAAGCGUAUGACCGCGAAUUCCGAGAAACGCUUCGAGCCCGCCCAACUCAGGAUAUAAUUGAACACGUUCAACGGGUUUCUGAGCUCGCAAAAUUCGAGGCCUUGCGGCCCAUGGCAUGCUUGAACCCCGAGGAGCGAAUAUCGGCGGGAGACAUGCUCGAUAUGAUGUUUGGAGGCGAGGGCCGUUCAACUCCCGGAACAGCAGAGAAUAGGGGUCAUAUUGACUGGCCAAUCUAA